GAUGUCACAGCUCCAUCCUCGGCACCAGCAUAAAUCCCUCCUCCCAUUCCCUGCAAGCAUAUACUGCACAGACUCAGCCCAGCCCGCAGCCAACCAACUAGCGGAGAGGCAGGCAGAAGGGGAAGGGGGGUGAGUGGGCAGUGAACCUGCAGAAAGACAGAGACUCGAGAAACGGCGACGGGGCUGUGCCUUGAAGGACCAGGGAAACGCAGCUGGCUGGACUUGGGUCUGAAGCUCUCCCGAUGCCAGCCUCUCCUGAUCCGGCCUUGAUCUCAGGCAGCCGCUGACCCGCCCUCAAAGGGUGCUCCGUCAGUUCCCGGGGGUCCAGCAGCAGCUGGAAGCGCACCGAGGGGCUGCCAUGAUGGCGGGGGCAUCGGUGAAGGUGGCAGUGAGAGUGCGGCCCUUUAAUUCCCGUGAAAUGAGCCGGGAUUCGAAAUGCAUCAUCCAGAUGACGGGCAGCACUACCACCAUCGUCAACCCAAAACAACCCAAAGAAACACCCAAAAGUUUCAGCUUUGAUUAUUCUUACUGGUCUCACACCACGCCUGCAGAUAUCAACUAUGCUUCCCAGAAACAAGUCUACCAUGAUAUUGGGGAAGAGAUGCUGCAGCAUGCCUUUGAGGGCUACAACGUUUGCAUUUUUGCUUACGGCCAGACCGGUGCCGGCAAAUCCUACACCAUGAUGGGAAAGCAGGAGAAAGAUCAACAAGGCAUCAUUCCUCAACUGUGUGAAGACCUUUUCUCCCGAAUCAACGACACAACCAAUGACAAUAUGUCCUACUCUGUAGAGGUCAGUUACAUGGAGAUUUACUGUGAGCGGGUCCGGGACCUCCUGAACCCCAAAAACAAGGGCAACCUCCGAGUGAGAGAACACCCCCUCAUGGGGCCCUACGUUGAGGACCUCUCCAAGCUGGCCGUCACCUCUUAUAACGACAUUCAGGAUCUAAUGGACUCCGGGAACAAAGCAAGGACAGUGGCUGCCACCAACAUGAAUGAAACCAGCAGCCGCUCCCAUGCGGUCUUCAAUAUCAUUUUCACCCAGAAGCGCCACGAUGCAGAAACUGACAUCACCACCGAGAAGGUGAGCAAAAUCAGCCUUGUUGACCUGGCUGGAAGUGAACGGGCAGAUUCUACAGGGGCGAAGGGCACACGCCUCAAGGAAGGAGCAAACAUAAACAAAUCCUUGACCACACUGGGGAAGGUGAUCUCUGCGCUAGCUGAAAUGGAUUCAGGGCCAAACAAGAACAAAAAGAAGAAGAAAACAGACUUCAUUCCAUACCGAGACUCCGUGCUGACCUGGCUCCUCCGAGAAAAUCUGGGGGGUAACUCCCGGACUGCUAUGGUGGCAGCUCUUAGUCCUGCAGAUAUCAACUAUGAUGAAACCCUCAGCACUUUAAGGUAUGCUGACCGGGCCAAGCAGAUAAGAUGCAACGCUGUGAUAAAUGAGGAUCCGAACAACAAGCUGAUCCGGGAGCUGAAGGAUGAAGUGGCUCGGCUGAGAGACCUGCUGUACGCCCAGGGUCUUGGGGACAUCAUCGACACUAACACUGUUCCAGGAGGACCUAAAUACAUGUCCGACUUUGAGAACAAUAAUGGUAAUCCUAGCCUGGCAGACUUGAGUCAACGCCCUGACAAUCUCUCCACAGUGACCAACGCCUUAGUGGGCAUGAGCCCCUCGUCCUCCCUGUCAGCCUUAUCCAGUCGCGCUGCCUCCGUUUCCAGCCUCCACGAGCGCAUGAUGUUUGCUCCGGGCAGCGAAGAGGCCAUUGAAAGACUCAAGGAGACGGAGAAGAUCAUUGCCGAACUAAAUGAGACCUGGGAGGAGAAACUGCGCCGAACAGAAGCAAUCCGUAUGGAGAGAGAGGCCCUGCUGGCUGAAAUGGGUGUGGCCAUGAGAGAAGAUGGAGGUACUCUGGGGGUGUUCUCUCCUAAAAAGACACCUCAUCUUGUCAACCUGAACGAGGACCCACUGAUGUCUGAGUGCCUAUUGUACUACAUCAAAGACGGGAUAACCAGGGUUGGCCGAGAAGACGGAGAGAGGAGGCAAGAUAUUGUUCUGAGCGGACACUUCAUCAAAGAGGAGCACUGCAUUUUCCGAAGUGACACCAGAGCAGGCACCGAAGCAGUAGUGACACUGGAGCCAUGUGAUGGGGCGGACACCUAUGUCAAUGGAAAAAAAGUGACAGAGCCCAGUAUUCUGAGAUCUGGAAAUCGCAUCAUCAUGGGGAAGAGCCACGUGUUUCGAUUCAAUCACCCUGAACAGGCGCGCCAGGAACGGGAGCGCACCCCAUGUGCGGAGACCCCGGCUGAGCCCGUGGACUGGGCUUUCGCACAGCGAGAGCUGCUAGAGAAACAAGGCAUUGACAUGAAGCAGGAGAUGGAACAGAGACUUCAGGAACUUGAGGACCAAUACCGCAAGGAGAGAGAAGAGGCCAACUACCUUCUGGAGCAGCAAAGACUGGAUUAUGAGAGUAAACUGGAGGCUUUGCAAAAACAGAUGGAUUCCAGGUAUUACCCAGAGGUCAAUGAAGAAGAAGAAGAACCGGAAGAUGAAGUCCAGUGGACGGAAAGGGAGUUUGAGCUGGCGCUGUGGGCCUUCAGGAAGUGGAAGUGGUACCAGUUCACCUCACUGCGAGAUCUACUUUGGGGCAAUGCCAUUUUCCUCAAGGAGGCCAACGCCAUUAGUGUUGAACUGAAGAAAAAGGUUCAGUUCCAGUUCGUACUCCUCACUGACACCCUAUACUCCCCUCUGCCUCCGGACCUGCUCCCUCCCGAAGCUGCCAAAGACAGAGAGAAACGCCCCUUCCCACGAACCAUUGUGGCUGUAGAGGUCCAAGACCAAAAAAAUGGAGCGACCCAUUACUGGACCCUGGAGAAACUCAGGCAGAGGCUGGACCUAAUGCGAGAGAUGUACGACAGGGCUGCCGAAGUGCCCUCCAGCGUCAUCGAAGACUGUGACAAUGUUGUCACCGGCGGGGACCCUUUCUAUGACCGCUUCCCUUGGUUCCGGCUGGUUGGCAGUUCAGAUAUCUCUGGGUGCAACAGCUCUCCUCUUUUCAACACAUGCAUGAGCGAGCGCAUGGCUGAUCUCACCCCCUCCCCCACCUUCUCGAACCCCGACUCCGACAUCACCGAGCCUGCUGACGAGCAGCAUGUGGGGAAGGAGGAGGAGGAGGAGGAGGAGGAGGAGGACCUGGAAGAAGACAUCUUUCCGGAGUACUCGCUGUGUGAUGGCCGGGAUCCAUUUUACGACCGCUCCCCCCUGUUCAGUUUAGUAGGAAGGGCGUUCGUGUACCUCAGCAACCUGCUCUACCCCGUGCCCCUCGUUCACCGCGUGGCCAUCGUCAGCGAGAAGGGCGAAGUUAAAGGAUUCCUCCGGGUGGCUGUCCAGGCUAUCUCAGCGGAUGAAGAAGCCCCAGAUUAUGGCUCAGGUGUCCGGCAGUCAGGAACGGCCAAAAUUUCCUUUGAUGAUCAACAUUUUGAAAAGUUCCAGUCUGAAUCCUGUCCCGUGGUUGGAAUGUCUCGUUCGGGGACUUCCCAGGAGGAGCUGCGCAUUGUUGAAGGUCAAGGGCAGAUCACUGACAUAGGACCUACUGCGGAUGAAGUGAACAAUAAUACUUGUGCAGUGACUCCUGAAGAUCUUCUCUUGGAUAGCCCUGAGAAAAAUGUCAUGGACAGUCCGUUGGAAGCAGCUCUAGACCACCUGAAGCUGGGAAGCAUUUUCACUUUCCGCGUGACCGUCCUCCAGGCCUCCAGUAUCUCAGCAGAAUAUGCCGAUAUCUUCUGCCAGUUCAAUUUUAUCCACCGACAUGAUGAGGCCUUUUCCACAGAGCCUUUGAAAAACACAGGAAGGGGCCCUCCUCUUGGGUUCUACCAUGUCCAGAAUAUUGCAGUUGAGGUCACCAAGUCCUUUAUUGAAUACAUUAAGAGCCAACCAAUUGUGUUUGAGGUGUUUGGACAUUACCAACAGCAUCCUUUCCCCCCUCUGUGCAAGGAUGUUCUCAGGUUUCAAGAUGCCAGUUUUUGCCAUACAAAUCUCUUCUUUCUCUACAGCCCCGUGAGACCAUCACGCCGCCAUUUCCCUCGGGUCAUGCCUCUAUCCAAACCAGUGCCCGCGACGAAGCUGAGUACUUUAACCCAACCUACGGCUGGGCCCUGUCACUGCAAAUACGACUUAAUGGUGUUCUUUGAGAUCUGUGAGCUGGAGGCCAACGGCGAUUACAUCCCAGCGGUUGUGGACCACCGAGGGGGGAUGCCAUGCCAUGGAACUUUCCUGCUGCAUCAGGGCAUCCAGAGGAGAAUCACUGUGACCCUGGUGCACGAGACGGGAAGCCACAUCCGCUGGAAAGAAGUGCGAGAGCUGGUCGUGGGUAGGAUCCGGAACACUCCAGAAACAGACGAGUCGCUCAUUGAUCCUAACAUCUUGUCUCUCAAUAUCCUUUCAUCUGGUUAUAUCCGCCCUUCUCAAGAGGAUCGGCAGUUUCUUGAUUCGGAUAUGCCUAGCAUUUCAUUCGGAAAUGACACUAGGGCAUUUUACCAGUUUGAAGCAGCAUGGGACAGUUCAAUGCACAAUUCCCUCCUUCUGAACCGGGUCACCCCUUACAGAGAGAAAAUCUACAUGACGCUCUCCGUUUAUGUCGAGAUGGAGAACUGCACACAGCCUGCCGUGAUCACCAAAGAUUUCUGCAUGGUGUUCUACUCCAGAGAUGCCAAAUUACCAGCUUCCCGCUCCAUUCGCAAUCUCUUUGGCAGUGGGAGCCUGCGGGCCUCUGAGAGUAAUCGAGUGACGGGGGUGUAUGAGCUCAGCCUGUGUCGUGUGGCGGAUGCUGGGAGUCCAGGCAUGCAGAGAAGACGCAGGCGAGUGCUGGACACGUCGGUAGCUUACGUCCGGGGUGAAGAGAAUCUGGCUGGUUGGAGACCCCGCAGUGACAGCCUCAUCUUGGAUCACCAGUGGGAACUUGAGAAACUCAGCCUUCUUCAAGAGGUUGAAAAAACCAGACAUUACCUCCUCCUGCGUGAGAAGCUGGAGACCACGCAGAGAUCAGCCCAGGAGACCUUGUCCCCGUGUUCAAGUGAAGAUUCGGAGUCCCGCAGCCCGUCCUGCGUCUCUUCUCCAGACGCCCCAGAGAGCCGGACUCCUCCUCUGGACACUCCCAGCGAGAGACAGAAAGAGCUGGCUGCCAAGUGUUUACGCCUCCUCACGCAUACCUUCAACAGAGAGUACAGCCACAGUCACGUCUGUGUCAGUGCCAGCGAGAGCAAGUUGUCAGAAAUGUCAGUGACUUUGAUGAGGGAUUCCUCCAUGACAGCUCUGGAGACAACUACCCUUACUCCUUCCUCGACCUGUCCAUCACUGGUUGAAGGCCGGUAUAACACACCUGUCCUUAGGACCCCCCAACUCUGUUCCCGACCAACUAGUCCUGAACCUGUUCUGGAGGGAGAGCAGAAGAAAUCCCCUUCUCCUACACGCGGGGCUGAAGAGGAGAAGGAGCCCCAGCGUUUACUGGUGCCAGAUAUACAGGAGAUACGCGUCAGCCCCAUUGUUUCCAAGAAGGGCUACCUGCAUUUCCUGGAACCCCAUACCAAUGGCUGGGUGAAGCGUUACGUGGUGGUGAGGCGUCCUUACGUGUACAUCUACAACAGCGACAAGGACUCCGUGGAGAGAGCCAUCCUCAACCUCUCGUCAGCUCAGGUGGAAUACAGUGAAGACCAGCAGGCCAUGCUCAAGACUCCCAACACAUUCGCAGUGUGUACAGAGCAUCGUGGAAUCCUUCUGCAGGCAAGCAGCGACAAGGAUAUGCACGAUUGGCUUUAUGCGUUUAACCCUCUCCUGGCUGGAACAAUAAGAUCUAAGCUUUCCAGAAGAAGAACAGCUCAGAUGAGAAUCUAAACUCAAACCAUUUACCACCACCUCACUGACCUGCCGAGAAGAUCCAGUCACCUGGUUCUUCUAUAGAAGAGUCCUCCGCUCCCCACCCCGGCCCUUUUAACUUCAGAUCUGUCACAUCAUCAACUGGCCCGACAGCCUGUCCCUCCAUCCGACAGCUCAGAAUCCCCACUUUCACCCGGGAAAAUUCAUUUUUGUGGUAGCUGCAGAGCCGUGAACGGCACAGCCCUGUUUACGUGUGCAUGUGGUCUUCUGCCCGUCUCCUUGUCGGGUGACAUUGCCGUCACAUGACUUGUAACGCUCAUUCGCAGAAGCUGUUGUUGUUGUUGGUUUUUUUUUUCCCUAGAUGACUCCUCAGUAAAGUGAGGUGGCAAAUGUCUGACGGGUCAGAGGUUACGAGUCUUGAGGAAUUGCUGCCAAUCGAAUUUAAAAAAGGUGGCGGGGUUCAUUAUUAACAUUUCAUCAGUUACUGAAGCUUAAAAUCUCCACUGAAAGUAGAUGUAUUGUAAUUAUCUGUCAUAUUUACACAAUAUUUAUUUCUAAUGUCUCUAGUGCAUUCAUUAGGUUCCGAUUAAUCUAGUUUUUGAGUCUUCUCACAUGUGCCUCCAAAGCCUCCCUUGGGGGGAAGAGAGAAUGUCGAAGGAAAGGUCGAGAUGGGGGGAAAGAGUCAUCAGAGACGUAGCAAAUACUCAAAAAAGAGAGCAACAUUGUUCUCCUUUCUCCAAACCUCUGUUAUUAAAAACACCAAGUGAACCUCAGAUUUUUUGAGUGCGUUCAUUCAGAUGUGGACACUCGCUCUGAGAACACAGUGUGGUCUGCUGGCUGAAAGUUAAAGCAAUCCUGACCGGAUUUUAACAAGAAAACAGCCAGGGUGCCCUCGACUUUGGCCCCGCUGUGGCGCACAAAUAAGGAGCCACUCCAUCCAAGCCACCAUCUUUUUGACACUCUAUCCUUUACCAGUAGGAUUGUCACGUGGUAGAGGAUGGAGGGCAGGGAUCCUUCUUGGUAACAACCGACCAGCAGUCACUUGGAUAGAAAUAUUAAAGUGUGGCAACAAAACAAGCCAAUCCUUCAGCCAAUUGAAAUCUGUUCUAUGCCACUUAGUGGCCAUAAAAAAAAGCAAGGUGGUUCCUGGAAAGGAGAAAUUAGCUUGGGGCAACAUGUUUAAGAGAAAAUUAUAGAGACGUGGGUUGAUUUUUAAAAAAUGUAACCUGAAAAUCACUCUCUUUCCUACGCUUGUGAGUGCAGAAGAGCAAACAAGCCAAUCCUUCAGCCAAUUGAAAUCUGUUCUAUGCCACUUAGUGGCCAUAAAGAAAAGCAAGGUGGUUCCGCGAAAGGAGAAAUUAGCUUGGGGCAACAUGUUUAAGAGAAAAUUAUAGAGAUGUGGGUUGAUUUUUUGAAAAUGUAACCUGAAAAUCACUCUCUUUCCUAUGCUUGUGAGUGUAGAAGAGCUGACAUAAAAAAACCCCAACAAAACGCCUCAAUUUCACUGCCCAAUUCUGACCAAACAUUGGCUUUCCUGGUCAAGAGGAAAAAACGGCUAGGAGGAAUUGAGCGAAUGACUGAGAGGUAAGCCUACAUCUUGAGAGCAAGUGGGAGGAGUUCUAUUAACCCAAGACCGAUUUUUACUUUUAUAUAUAAGGUUGAUGUCUCUAGUCCCUUCUUCCCAGUAAAAUAUGAACUUCCUCCUCCCCGUGUAAGUCCUGUGUUUUACCUCCUGCCAGGUUAAACUGUUCAGAGAGUUUAGACGGGCAGUGAAAGGAAGCAGGCGGUGUCCAUACCACCCCUUUCUCUCCCAUGCUAAGGGUCUGGUGGACUACUUUUAUGUUUUUUUAUUCCCUUUGGUUGCGACCUUCCCCUGUACAGUUUUCCGGACUGGAUCUCUCAGUUCCAGCCUUUCCAGUGCAGCAGAACCGGCAGAGAGAGACAUCUCCAUGCGUAUCCCACAGCUUUGGGGAGAGGGUCCCCUCCCACGGUCUGCACUUUGAUGUCAUGGGGUCACAGCUAUCCUUAAUUUGCACAGCACGGCUCUGCCUUGGUUCGCUUGAGCACUUUUCAUUCUCUCUGUUGAGUGUGGUGAGUAUUGUGUGUGCGUGUGUGAUUCCAAGCUGAGAUGGUCCAAGCACUUUUUUUUUUCCUUUGGCCGGGGAGAGAGAGUCCAUGCAUCACAUGUGGGAAACUAAGCAUCUCCAGAGAUCUCAAUAGGCCGUUAAGAACAUCCCAAGAUACGUGGCUCCUUCCUCACUGAAUCCCCAGCAUCUGGCAUCCGUUCCCGCGUUUCGUCGCUGCAUUGUCGGAGAAAUUUGUAUUUGCAGAAAUCACCCUGGGAAUCCCUCCCUAGCUCAGCCUCCUCUGCCCACAGAAUGGCCUUGGUUGGGAGGGAUGGAUGUUGUAGCUAGGGAACUCCACUUUAUCGAGGCUGAUUUCCUUGUUUCCUCUUUUUCAUUUGGUCUUGACAUUUGCUUUGGGAUCGUGCUUACUCCAGGGCGUCGCCUCCUUUUCCAGAGGGAUUUCAUUUUAUCCCUCGGGCCUGAGAAGCUCCACGUUCCACAAGCCGAUUCCUUCUUAGAGGUCGGACUCCUGGGUCCCAGGCCUCUUUUUAGGGGAGGUAUCCGAGUUUCCCAAGAGAGAAGGUGGAAUAGAGUCGAUUCCAGAUAUGCAGCUACACGGCAAGUUAAGAAUAGCUUAAAGUGUCUUGUUUUGGUGAGGAGUAAGGAUCGCUCGGCGGGCUUUUGAAUCAUGCACGUAAAAUGAGCUCUCAGUAAGUUCUAGCCCUCAGGUGACUCUGUUCCAUCUCCCCUUCAGUAGGGCUCAUGGUAGAAAAUCUAAGCUCAUUCUCUGUUAAGCUUUAACUAACAGAAGCAAAUGUCAACUGGUAAAAAUCUAAUUUAAAGUAACCACUGGCAAUAGGGGCUUUGGCUUUUGGCAUUUGAUUAAGGCUUUUUGAGUAUUUAUUUCGCCAUUUGUAAGGAGAGCACUGCUUCCAAUGAGGUUUUAUGGAAUCGCCCAACGUUUUAGGAAAAAUGUCAUUCGAUUCGAAUACCCUCCUGCCGGCGCCAUUUGGUGUUACGUUCAAAAGCGUGGCAUAUUUUCUGUGGAAAUGCAAAUACCCUUGUCUUGAAAUUCUUAUCUUGAAAAAUCAGGAAAUUUUGUUUUGCACCACGCUUUUUGCAAGUCGAGAGAAAUUUCCAUUUUCAAACAAGAUGUCCGUAACCUUAUUCAUCAAGAUUAUUGAGAUGCCGCGUCUUCCCCAAUGCCAGAAAAAAUUGGGGAUUUCAAGCUGCUGUGUCAUUAAUAUCGAUUGCUCCUAUUUUAAAAAGUGCCUAAAUUUGGUUCUGCAGCACUGUAAGGGAGUGAGGUGCAGAUCACUGCUACGCUGUACUUGAUACCUUCUGGUUUAAAAGCCUUUGUUCCCUCAACUUCCUGAACUUACCCACCUUUCAAAAUAUGGGAGAUUUGAGCUAAGGAGUUUGGAAUGUCCCAGGAAUCUCAGAUGGCUUGGGGAGAGAAAUCCGCUAAGCCUCUCGACUAAGAAAUGGUAGUUCCGGAAAAAAAAAAAAGCAUCAAGCUUGAUAUGCAGCUAUCCCCACACUUCUGAGGUACAGAUAUGGAGUUUAAGGGAGCGAGAGGAGAGACAAGUGGAUCCGGGCCAUGCUUCAGGUCAGCCAUCCUGAAGUACAUGGUCUCUUGAAGACCUUCCUAAGCCUUUCCAGUCAGCCAAAGGCUAAGAGUGUCUGAGGCCAACCAACCUGCAGAACACAUUGUUGCCUGGCUGAGGAAAGAGAAAGUGGAAGAGAAAGACUCCCUGGAAUCUGUGCUAGAUUCCUGCCGAAUUUCCACAGCCUUCAUAUACAUCACCAAUUGAAGAUGUUUAUUUCAAGCCCAAAAAUGUUCAGCGAACCCUAGAUUGAACUAGCAUUUUCGACUAAACUGUCUUUAUGCUCCCCUUAUACUCCCCACUUUUGGUUUCAAGACGCCUUUGUGGAACAGUCAGUGCCAGAGCCUAAACAUCAUAUAAUUGCCACUCAUAUCAGCCCUCAGACUAACUGAUGAGAAAAUUCAACAAUUGCCGGCAUUUUUCUGCCACUAUGAAGAGGGGAAUGAAGAUGGAAAGAGUCCUUGAUCUUUAAAGAGUCCCCUGGCUAUGGGCUUUUAUUUCUUUUGAUGGAGUACAAGACAUAGAAACAGAUCCUAGACAAAGCUACGGUUUCAGUAUUAAAGAGAAGGAACUCCAACUGAUCAUAAUGGAGAAAGCUGUCUAAUGUCGGAUGGGUGAAAGGGAAAUCCUCUCGGAUGAAGCCAGAAAGAGAAAUAGGAUAGACCCACCCACCCUAGGGAAUAAUCAGCAUUGUUGCAGGCUUACUACUGCAGGCUUACUGGUCGGCAACACUACGACCAGUGGGAUAAAAUGAUUGAAUCAAAUUUACCCACGACUUCAGAACAAGCUGCGAUUGAAACAGAAUUUCAUCGUUAGAUGGCCUAGGGGAAAUACCGUUUCCUGUUUUUUGCCUGUUCUUCACAACUCUGUGAGACGAAUCAAGUUGUUCCUGUGAAGAACCCAUCAAAAAGCAACAUUUUCAAUAGACACUGAAUCUGUGAUCCGGUGCUUACUCAGAGAUUAGGUUAAAUUUAUUGGGGCCAAAGAUGAUUUUAGACAGCCAGGUGGGAGUGAGGGGAGCAACUAUGCGAGCCACCUCCCAGAAGAAAAGAUAGAAGGGAUCCUGAACCCCAGCUAUCCAAUUGGUUCACGUCAUCUAUAUAAAACGAGGGUGCAGUCGCAAAAUUCACCCCGGUUAGAAAUAAUCAUUCAAUAAUUGUAUUUAUUCAGCGCUUACUGUGUGCAGAGCACUGUAUUAAGCGCUUGGGAAGUACAAGUCGAAUCUAGUCAUAUUACCGCUUGAGCGAUUAAGGGGGAAGGCUUUUUCUGAGUGAUCGCCAAGCACCUAAGAGCAUUGACAGAGACACCUUCAAAGAUGCAGCUGAUGCUGGGUUGUGGAGAACAGCCUCAGAUCCAUCUUCCGCAUGUCCGUCUAAUGAGAUCGUCUAGUACUGCUCAGUCUCUGUCCUGUUGAGUGAGCUGCGUGAAGGAAUUCUUCGUUAUUCUGGAGGCGAGACUUGCCUUCACUGUAAAACGGAAAAAAAAAAAAGGUGUGGUUAAUUCAGGAUUUCUUUUCGCCUGUGCUUCCAUUUACUACUUUGUCGACAUGAGUUCUUCCUGUGAUGCCAUCCCCCAAGUGCUGGGAGACCAUUUCUCUUGCUUUGUAUAUAUGUGAUUGCUGUGGGGUACACCCUUUAUCACUGUAUAAUAACAACGAUACAAAAGUAACGAGUCUAGUUUUCUUGAUGUCUUAAAUUAUGAGUGUUGGAAUUUAGGGUCUUAAACUGUUUGUGUACACUUAAGGCAUUGUUCAACUAAGAAAUAAAUGUGGCAUUUAUGCAAAUACCGGA